AUGGCCGGGCUCAGCGGCGUAAAGAACACGCCUGGGUCCUCUCACUCGCUGUGGGCAGAGUCCCAAGCCUCCUGCGUGCAGUACCGCCUGGUGGUCCGGGAGGUGGGCAGCCUUCAGAUCCUCCAGCUGUACAGCUGCCUGGACCAGAUCCAGCACGUCGAGUGGUCGGCCGACUCCCUCUUCAUCCUGUGCGCCAUGUACAAGCGGGGGCUGGUGCAGGUGUGGUCGCUGGAGCAGCCCGAGUGGCACUGCAGGAUCGACGAGGGCUCCGCGGGGCUGGUGGCCUCCUGCUGGAGCCCCGACGGGCGCCACAUCCUCAACACCACCGAGUUCCACCUGCGGAUCACGGUCUGGUCCUUGUGCACAAAGUCCGUCUCGUACAUCAAGUACCCGAAGGCCUGUCAGCAGGGAAUCACCUUUUCCCGGGAUGGCCGCUACCUGGCCUUGGCCGAGAGGCGGGACUGCAAGGACUACGUCAGCAUCUUCGUCUGCAGCGACUGGCAGCUGCUGCGGCACUUCGACACGGACACCCAGGACCUCGCCGGCAUCGAGUGGGCGCCCAACGGCUGCGUGCUGGCGGCGUGGGACACCUGCCUGGAGUACAAGGUCCUGCUCUACUCCCUGGACGGCCGGCUGCUGGCCACGUACUGCGCGUACGAGUGGUCCCUGGGCAUCAAGUCGGUGGCCUGGAGCCCCAGCAGUCAGUUCCUGGCGGUCGGCAGCUACGACGGGAAGGUGCGCAUCCUCAACCACGUGACCUGGAAGAUGCUCACCGAGUUUGGGCACCCCGCGGCCAUCAGUGACCCGCGAGUGGUGGUGUACAAGGAAGCGGAGAAGAGCCCGCGGGGGGCGCUGGGCCGGCCCACCUGCCCGCCACCCAGGGCCGCCGAGAGCAAGUAUGAGAUCGCCGCGGUGCCGGUGUCCCUGCAGACGCUGAAGCCCGCUGCCGACCGAGCAAACCCGAAGAUCGGCGUCGGCGCGCUGGCCUUCAGUCCCGACAGCUACUUCCUGGCCACGAGGAACGACAACGUCCCGAACGCCGUGUGGGUCUGGGACAUGCAGAAGCUGCGGCUGUUUGUGGUGCUGGAGCAGCUGGGCCCCGUGCGCUCCUUCCAGUGGGACCCGCAGCAGCCCCGGCUGGCCAUCUGCUCGGGAGGCAGCAAGGUGUACCUGUGGUCGCCGGCGGGCUGCGUGUCCGUGCAGGUGCCCGGGGAAGGGGACUUCCAGGUGCUCUCUCUGUGCUGGCCUGUCACGGGGGACUCGCUGGCCCUGCUCAGCAAGGACCACUUCUGCCUGUGCUUCCUGGAGACAGAGGACGGGGCUGACGCCCUCGGGCAGCUGGACGACCACACGUAGGACGCGUGGCAGCCGUGGGAAGGGACGCAGACGUGCAGAGCUGUGGGGAGCGGGCUCAGGGCAGCUCUGACCGUGGUCCGUGGAGACAGCUUGCGUUUGUUUCCCUACAGCAAGGCGCUCUUGUAAAUAUGUAAAGUGUAAAGCUGAAUUUUGUAAUUUAAAUGUUUGCUAAUUCAUAAAAAGGCUGAUGCUGGUUUUCUUGGA